GUAGUCAUUCAUCUUUCCGAGCGUAGACGAUCUUCGUUUCAAACAUGGCGACCAGCAUGUGAAUGUCAUGCCAUGUCAAUCCACCGCCUGGAUGUCUUCAUGUGUGUUUAUAAUCUGUGCGUGAAGGCUGACACGUGAACUUCAUGUUGCGGGAUUGUGACUUCAUUCACCGCAGACACGUAAGAACCAGAAACAACACAACUCUGUAGCUGCACCGCUGUCACAUUAGCAUUCUAGCUAACCAGCUAACCAGACGGGACUAGCGAUGGAACUGGAUCAGCAGCUGAGAAACCUGCGGGAUUUCCUGAUGGUUUACAACCGGAUGACCGAAAUCUGCUUCCAGCGUUGCACCAGCAACUUCAACUACAGGAACCUCACCAUGGACGAGGAGCGCUGCGUGGACAGCUGUGCAGGGAAGCUGAUUCGCUCCAACCACCGCAUAAUGGGCGCCUACGUGCAGCUGAUGCCUCGGAUGGUGCAGCGCCGGAUGGACGAGAUGGAAAGCAAGGCUGCGGAGAACGCCAAAGCCGCAGAGGCAGCUGCUGCUGCAUCUCUGGAGCCUCCUGCUGCAGAGGCCUCAUCAGCAUCUCAAAUCCCUGUCGAUGCAUCUCUACCCCCACAAACACCUGCACUGUUACCCCCUUUAGCGACUGAUGUUGGACUAGAGGCACAAGGCUCAGUUUUAAAGCCAGCAGGUUUAGAGAUUCCUGUUGAGCUGGAUGCUGCUUUAUCCAGAUCCACUGCAGCCACAGAAGUCAGUUUCUCAGCAGCCACUGCGUUCACACCUGCCAAUGAAGCUAUAAAUCUUCCAGUACUUAAUGAAGCUGCCAGUGGACCGUCUUUUACAGAAGUCUUUCCACAGCCGCCCAUAGCUGGUGUCCCAACAGACUUAAAGAGCUCAGUGUCUGUGUUAAUGCCAUCUACAACAUCCUCACUAUCAGAAGACAUGCCUGUGUCAACAGUCUCUGCACCUACUGUGUCAAGCCAAGAGAGAGCGCCAGAGGCUCCUCCUCCGUCAGGCCAGUGAUGAUGCCAGGUCUGGGUGGAGUCCCAACUCCCACCACAAACAACCCAAAUCUGCCAGGCAACUCAUCACUGAUCGUCCCAAAUGUCACAUUGUUCUCUGUACUGCUGAAAGGAAUAGUGAUACAUAGAUUAAGAUAAAUUCUAAAACAACUUGUAUCAUAUAAUCAUGUCAUACAAUCUCUUCUUUUCUUUCCGAUGCGACAAUUAGCUUCUUUUCUGUGUUUUCACAUCAUAUUUUAAAAAUGUGUUUUUUCACAAAACUAUUUUAAAAAACCUCAAUAUAGACUCUGGCAAUGUGUGACAGGUGAAAUCCUAGGUAUUAUAAUACUAUGUUGUUUUAUAAAAAGCAAUAACAAUAAUGCAUUCAAUUGUGUCAGUGGCAGUGAUCAGUCCCCAGUCUGCAGUCAUGGAUUGCGGAGGCCUGGUUAAAUUAAACUGGACUUUCAAAAGCCUGCAUAGCACAGUCUAAUUAUUCCCUAGACUCAGACAAUUGGUGUGUAGUUGGAUGACAACAGCAUGAAUGAUUAUAAUAAAAGAAAAAGGUUUCAUUCAUGUUUUCUUCAUUUAAAUGCUCCACUAUCAACAUGUAUUUGUUUGCAAAAAUAAAAGGCUGCUUCGCACUGCUGGGCGUCCUAAUGCAGCAGUGGGCUGCAGCGUGUACUCUC